AUGAAUGACAAUGACUUCAGUUUAACAAUUAGGAAACUGACUCUGCAAGACUCAGGGGAAUAUCUAGUUUUUGCUGAAACAGACAAGCAACUUCCCACUAAGGCUGUGACUCUGCAGGUUCACGGUAGGCAGCUACUUUUCAAUGACUAUAGUGUUAAUGACAUCUUCCAUCCUUUGUCUUACACUCUGGUAACAUCUUGUUGACGACUGAUUACAUCUCUCUCUUCUCGUCUAUCUCUAUAGAGCAGACGGGGGCAUAGACGAAGAUAUCCGCUCUCUCUCUCUCUCCUCUCUCUCUUCUCUCUUCUCCUCUCUUCUCUCUCUCUCUCUCUCUCUCUCUCUCAUCUCUCUCUCUCUCUCUCACUCUCUCUCUCUACUCACUCAUCACUCACUCACUCCUCAGAGAGCCUAUAUCCAAGGGUGGUGAUCCAGACAGACAUCAAGCUAUUGGCCAACCACUCCUGUUCAGUGUGGCUGGUGUGCAACGCAUCCAGUUACUCCAACCUCACCUACACCUGGAAGAGAGACAAUGAGAUGUACAUGGACGUCCAGCAGAUUCACUUCUCUCUCUCACCAGCAGAGGGAGACAUUAGUGUAACGUGCAACGCCUCCAACAUAAUCAGUUGGAAAAUUGCCUUAGCGACAGUAAAGUGUUAGUAAUGACACAAACCAACCCAGUCCGUAGAUAUCAUAAUAAUCCCUUCCAAACACUUUCAGGGUGCUUAUACACUUAUGUUGUCAAAUAUAAUAUGUAAUACUUAUGAUUACAUUUACAUCAUUUAGCAGACACUGUUAUCCGGCUCGGGUAUUCAAAUCAACAACCUUUCGGUUAAUGGCCCCAUGCUCUAAACUGUGUGUGUGUGUGUGUGGGAGGGGGUGUACAGUAGUGUGUACAGGUAAGUGCUGAAAUAAAAGAAACACAAACAUAAAGUGUAUUAAUAAGGCGUUCCUUGGCUUGGAUUGUACAAUUGUCUGGAACUCUGUUGGAGGGAUGGAACACCAUUCUUCAAUGAGAAAUUACAUAAUCUAGUGUUUUGUUGAUGGUAGGUGAAAAACGCUGUCUCAGGCGCCACUCCAGACCCGAAUCUCCCAUAAGUAUUCAAUUGGGUUGAGAUCUGUUGACUGAUUGACACACACACACGCACCCUUUAAAACCCCUAUGCUCCUUUGAGACCCCUCUUGAAAAGUCCCUGAGAUGUCUUCUUGUAGCCAUGGUAGCGAAAAGAAUGGGCAACUGGGCAUUUUUAUACAUGACCCUAAGCAUGACGGGAUGUUAAUUGCUUAAUUAACUCAGGAACCACACCUGUGUGGAAGCACCUGGUUUCAAUUUUCUUUGUAUCCGUCAUUUACUCAAGGGUUUCGUUUAUUUUGGCAGUUACCUGUAUAAGAUAUAGAGCCCUGUAAUCUUUAUCAUAUUGUACAGUCUAAUCAUGUGUGUUGUACAAUAUGUGACAGGACUGGCAUGGUAUACCAUCUACAUCGGAGUAUCAGUAGGAGGCGCUGUGGUGCUGAUCCUCAAUGGAGCUGUGGCAGUGUUCUACUGCAGGGGCCGCCGUGACACAGGUAUGUACAGCUUAGGGCCCUUAACUAUACUUACAGUUACAUUUCAGGUGGUUCUAGAAAUAUUGUUCAGCUGAUAUGAUUUUUUUUUUCUUCCAUUUGGGGAUUUGCUAGAAAUUGAAAAAAGUGUGAGACCCCUCAUCAGUGUUGUUUAUUAAUUCCUGGGUAUGUUUGUUGAUAUCCUGUUUAAAAUGUAUCUGAUUGGUUGAUAUUUUGUUCUUAUCAAACACAGCAGAUCUACCUGACAACACAAUAUAUGCUGAUGUUAAGGACAACACAAUAAUUAAAGAUGUAAGUAUGCAUUGCCGUUAUUAUGUACAGUGAGGGAAAAAAGUAUUUGAUCCCCUGCUGAUGUUGUACGUUUGACCACUGACAAAGAAAUGAUCAGUCUAUAAUUUUAAUGGUAGGUUUAUUUGAACAGUGAGAGACAGAAUAACAACAAAAAAAUCCAGAAAAACGCAUGUCAAGAAUGUUAUAAAUUGAUUUGCAUUUUAAUGAGGGAAAUAAGUAUUUGACCCCCUCUCAAUCAGAAAGAUUUCUGGCUUCCAGGUGUCUUUUAUACAGGUAUUGAGCUGAGAUUAGGAGCACACUCUUAAAGGGAGUGCUCCUAAUCUCAGCUUGUUACCUGUAUAAAAGACACCUGUCCACAGAAGCAAUCAAUCAAUCAGAUUCCAAACUCUCCACCAUGGCCAAGACCAAAGACCUCUCCAAGGAUGUCAGGGACAAGAUUGUAGACCUACACAAGGCUGGAAUGGGCUACCAGACCAUCGCCAAGCAGCUUGGUGAGAAGAUGACAACAGUUGGUGCGAUUAUUCGCAAAUGGAAGAAACACAAAAUAACUGUUAAUCUCCCUCGGCCUGGGGCUGCAUGCAAGAUCUCACCUCGUGGAGUUGCCAUGAUCAUGAGAACGGUGAGGAAUUAGCCCAGAACUACACGGGAGGAUCUUGUCAAUGAUCUCAAGGCAGCUGGGACCAUAGUCACCAAGAAAACAUUUGGUAACACACUACGCCGUGAAGGACUGAAAUCCUGCAGCGCAUGCAAGGUCCCCCUGCUCAAGAAAGCACAUAUACAGACCCGUCUGAAGUUUGCCAAUGAACAUCUGAAUGAUUCAGAGGAGAACUGGGUGAAAGUGUUAUGGUCAGAUGAGACCAAAAUCGAGCUCUUUGGCAUCAACUCAACUCGCCGUGUUUGGAGGAGGAGGAAUGCUGCCUAUGACCCCAAGAACACCAAACCCACCGUCAAACAUGGAGGUGGAAACAUUAUGCUUUGGGGGUGUUUUUCUGCUAAGGGGACACGGCCAAGGCAACAAAGGAGUGGCUCAAGAAGAAGCACAUUAAGGUCCUGGAGUGGCCUAGCCAGUCUCCAGACUUUAAUCCCAUAGAAAAUCUGUGGAGAGAGCUGAUGGUUCGAGUUACCAAACGUCAACCUUGAAACCUUAAUGACUUGGAGAAGAACUGCAAAGAGGAGUGGAACCAAAUCCCUCCUGAGAUGUGUGCAAACCUGGUGGCCAACUACAAGAAACGUCUGACCUCUGUGAUUGCCAACAAGGGUUUUGCCACCAAGUACUAAGUCAUGUUUUGCAGAGGGGUCAAAUACUUAUUUCCCUCAUUAAAAUGCAAAUCAAUUUAUAACAUUUUUGACAUGCGUUUUUCUGGAUUUUUUUGUUGUUAUUCUGUCUCUCACUGUUCAAAUAAACCUACCAUUAAAAUUAUAGACUGAUCAUGUCUUUGUCAGUGGGCAAACGUACAAAAUCAGCAAGGGAUCAAAUACUUUUUUCCCUCACUGUAUCUGAAUAUGUGGAAGCUGUAUGUACUGUAUUGUAAUGGACUGUAUUUUUAUUCCAGACAAGAUCAAACAGUCAGGUAAACCCAAUGUCAUUCUAUGAGACUGUCAAUGAUCUGGUUUUACCAAGAUUGAACAAGGUAAGAUAUAAAAGGUCAUAAUCUUAAAAUGUCUGUGAUUGAAUGGAAUUUUAGAAUUGUCUAUUCCUUUCUUGAUGCUGAAACAGUUUCUUCUUGAUUGUCUGUCACAUUUAGCCGCAGACUCUGUAUGA